AGCAUGUAAAGUGACAUGACAUGAGUUACAACUACGUUUAAUAGUUUUCUUUAAGUUUCUUAAGGAUGGCGGCGACUAUAAAUGAGCUCAAUCGUUCUGAUAGUGUAAAUUCUCCGAAAAUGUUUCAAGAAAAUAAUGGAGAAUUAAAUAAUGGGAAAGUUAACCAAAGUAAUGGCCACAUGAAACCCAAACAUCUCGGAAAUGGGAUCACGAAGAUAACUAGUGAUGAUUUGGCACAACCAAUGGACUGGUCCCAGUAUGACACAGAGGAAUCGUUUGAGAAGAGUACACUGCUCACUGCGGUGCUCACACACUUGGGCCUCUACAUCCUCAUGUUCCUCGGAUUUGUCAGUCAGCUUCUGUUCACUCCCAAUGUUGCCACAGAGAAGAAUAGAGAGGGGUACGCGCCACUGUACAAUCCGUUUGAGCAGUUCAUAUCUCGAUAUGUGUACCGGCGCGUGCGACACUGCUUCAACACUCCCAUAUGCUCCGCCCCCGCCGCCGAGAUCACCAUCAUGGAGCGGCAGUCCGACGACUACAACUGGACCUUCCGGUUCACCGGUCGCAAGCUGAAGUGCCUGAACCUGAGCUCGUACAACUACCUGGGCCUGGGCGCCACCAGUCCCCCGCCGGUGGCGGCGGCCGUGCGCCAGUACGGCCUGAGCGUGUGCUCGACGCGCGCGGAGCUCGGCACCACGCCGCUGCACCGGGAAUUGGAGGAGACGCUCGCUCGAUUCCUCGGCGUCGAGGCGGCGGUCGUGUUCGGCAUGGGGUUCGCGACCAACACGCUGUCGCUGCCGGGGCUGGUGGGGCCCGGCACGCUCGCGCUCAGCGACGAGAACAACCACGCCUCGCUCAUCAUGGGGCUGCGUCGCGCGCGCGCCGCCGUGCGCGUGUUCCGCCACAACGACCUGCGCCACCUCGAGCGGCUCGCCGUCGAGGCCAUCGCCGAGGGCACCUGGCGGCGCAUCGUCAUCGUGGCGGAGGGCGUGUACAGCAUGGAGGGCACGGUGGUGCCGCUGCGCGCGCUGGUGGCGCUGAAGCGGCGGCUGCGGCUGCAGCUGUACCUGGACGAGGCGCACUCGGCGGGCGCGAUGGGGGCGCGCGGCCGCGGCGUGUGCGACCACGCGCGCGUGCCGCCGCGGGACGUGGACGUGCUCAUGGGCACCUUCACCAAGAGCUUCGGCGCCGCGGGCGGGUACAUCGCGGGCAGCGCGGCGCUCGUGCGGCGCGUGCGCGCGGCCGGGCACGCGCACGCGCACGCGGCCGCCAUGCCCCCCCCCGUGUGCGCGCAGGUGCUGUGGGCGCUGCGCACCGUCGCCGGGCCCGAGGGCGAGCGGCGCAUCCUCGCGCUCGAGCGCAACACCGCCUACUUCAGGCGCAGACUGCGCGAGAUGGGCGUGGUGGUGCUCGGGCACGAGGCGUCGCCGGUGGUGCCGCUGAUGGUGUACACGUUCAGCAAGAUGGCCGCCACCGUGGAGGUGUUGCGCCGACGCGGCGUGGCCGCCGUCGGGGUCGGCUUCCCCGCCACGCCGCUCAACGCCGCCAGGAUACGGUUCUGUAUGACGGCGGCGCACAGUCGCGCGCAGCUGGACCACUGCCUGCAGCAGGUGGAGUACGCGGUGCAGCACCUGGGGCUGCGCUACUCGCGACUGACGCCCCCGCCCCCGCCACCGCCACCGCCCGCCACCGAGCACUCUGUUUGUAUUGUGACAGUAGCAAGAGCGGCAUGUGAUGAUGUGCCGGUGGCUGCUGCUGGUGGUGGCGGCGUGGCUGUGCCGGGCCGGCGCACGCGCACACUCACACCUGAACGUCUCCAUCACGCGGUUGCAAACGCGGAGCAGGCGCGGUGGCCGAUGCGCGUGUGGGUGAGCUCCGAGGGCGGGAACCCCACGCGCCCGCUCCUCGUCACGUACAGGCAGCGCGCAGGGGCGGGCACGUGGCAGCUGCCGCGCGCGCUCGGCUCGCAGCUGCAGCACGAGCUCGAGCGGACGCUGUGCGCCGACCGCGGGCCCGCGGAGGACUCGCCCGACUGCGGUCUGUGUACACACACGCAUGCACGUACACGCACGCACAUGCAUGCACCAGAGAGGAGACAUAACGGCGGUUGUGUUGCGUUGUGUGCAGAGUCGCGCGAGAGCCGCGGGUGGGUGGCGCUGCACCUGGCGGGCGCGAGCGCGUGCGCGGUGCGCGUGCGCGUGCGCGUCUCGCCCGCCAGAGAUUUCCACAUGCCGUUCGAACAGACGAUCACCACCACCGCCACUCUGUGGGGGCCGCGCGUGCACGCGUACGCGUGGGCGGAGGCGCAGCAGCACGUGCGCCUGCGCGCCGCCUCGCCCGACGCCGUGUGCGCCACGCUCGCCGUCACGCACGCGGGGGUAAUACUACCAUACACACGAACAUCUCACCCUACACGAUUCAAUAUUCAUAUAUAG